CCUGCGCCUCUCUUGCAUCGGCUCUAUUGUAGAAAAAAGUAAAAUCUAUUUCCUUCCAAAUCCAUCCUGAACCCCCGAUUUUUCCCAUCUUUCGCAACACCUAACCGCCAUCCCGACCGCCAUACCUCAUCAGUCGCUAGUAAAAGAGGGUCUUACAUUCUACUCUCCCUUUUUUUCUUAUCAACUAACAUAAUGGGUAACGGAGCCAAGGCUGCGCAGAAGCGCGAGCGCAAUGCGAAGGACAACAAGGUCGCCAAGUCGCAGUUGAAGUCGAAUGUCAAGGCUAUGGAUAUCCAGUGCCAGAUCUGUAAAUCGACCUUCCUGAAGACCACCCGCGCGCCUCAGCUCACCGAGCACGCUGUCAAUAAACAUAACAAGUCCAUCGCCGAUUGCUUCCCCGGCCACGACGCUCCUCCAGCCAAAUAGACAAAAAACGAUGGUCUGUAUCCGUACAGGACGAUCGAACAGGUGAAACAAUGGGCAUAGCGAUUGGCGCACUUGGUGUUUAGCAGAGAGGUCUUAUACGGAUGGGUGUGUUGCUACGAGGUCACGACGCGACUUUGAUUAAUGAGAUUGCACUGAGUUAACUGAAAU